AUUUGAUGAACUUUGACAGAAACAUCUCAUUAAAAGAAAUAGUCUAAACAAAUAAUGAAAGAAUGACAGCCGACGUUUAUUCCAAUGUCUUAGAUUGCAGUCUUCAUUGCUGUGGUAAAUGUAAGGGGCUUUUCAGCUUUCCAGAAGAAAAAAUGAAGCAUCAAAUAGCCUGCUCUGCAAAUCCAUUCAAAUCUCCUUGCACUUAUUUUGCUUGUGAGAGGAAAGUUUUCCUUCAGCUUUUCCAGCCCGAUGACUUUCAAGUAGAGGGUGCAUUCCAUCCUUUGAAUAUGUCCAAAGAUGACAGUUUUAUCAACCCAUUUGUGAAACUAAGGAUGCCGGAUAUAUUUGACCCUUCAUUCUUUUUGCGAACUCCAUUCCCUUCUCAGACCCAACAACCUGGAGCUGAUUCCACAUUCUUACUCGAUCAAAACAUUGAUGUGCUGGAGAACAAUAUGGACACUUUAGAUGGGAACAUUAACUGCAGUCCAGACAAAACCACUUGUGAAUCCUUCCUAAAUCAACCAAAUGUGCUUGAAACUCCACAACAGAUUCAGAACAUUAUCAAUAAAAACAUAGAGUAUCUAAAGAGCACUGAUAUUCCGGACUUGACCCGAACUGCAAACAAGCAUACCUUCCCGGCCAACCAAGGCUCACACAGAGUUGAAUCCCCAUUGGAUCGUAAUACAAGCAUGUUUGAAGGCUCAAGGUCAAGAGUACAAUCUCCGUUUGAAAAACAUCCUGGAUUUCUCGAUGAUACUUUGCUUGGUUUUGGUGGGUAUGCAUAUCCUUCAAAUCCAACUGAAAAGCAUCCUGGGUUUUUAGAUGACACACAUCUUGGUUAUCAUACAGGUAGCUUCUCGUACGUCUUUAACCAGGCCAUUCCUUUUCCCUGCAACUUUAGUUCCGACCUUAUGGGUUUCAUGCCAACAAAUUCCAAUGAAACUCAGUCAACCUUCCCACAAAACCCACCGCAAUGUCCAAAGGAGCAAAAGUAUAUUGACAUUGGUAAAAAAGAUCCUUUCUUUGGACGUAAUCUUGGCCUUUCAGAAAUGAAUGUGAAAGAUCCUUUUCUGAUAACUGCAUCUGUGAAAUCUGAUCCUGUGAUGAAUGAUGGAAUAGAAGGAGCUUCCAUGGGCUUGAUUAAAUCAAGUUUUACUAAAAGUUGUGAAGACAUCCAUGCCCAAGUCAGUUCCAACUUUCAGCUACAGGAAACAUCUUUUGGGUUUCCUAGCACAUUGGAUGAACCCACACAGUUAGAUUACCUAGACCUUGCCACUCUAGACUUUCUUACAAAUCCAAACUUAAUUCCCACUAAUUGUGGUAUUGGACCCUUGCGUGAAAAAGGUGCGUAUGAAAAAGAUGAUGACAUGUACAGUGAGGAUAAUUUCUUGUACCAUGAGCAGGCCAGCAUUCAAACAGAGACGGUGGCACGACUUGAAGGAAACCUGGGCAAUAAAAACAGCUUUGAGGAGCCUGUGAAAUAUUCCAACGAGAUCUUGAAGCCAUUGCGACUGAAGAAAUAUAAAAGUGAUUUAGGAAAGCAACCUGAUUAUUUGGUUGAUUCACGGCGUAUACUUUACCGCGAGAAUCUUUCACAGAUCCCAUUGUUUGGUAAAAGUAGAGAGUUGUCUAUAAGAUGUAAGAAGGUUGAGAAAAUGAGCAGGAAGCGUAAAAUGUCAGAGAGCAAUAUUGAUGGGUAUCGGAAUAUGACAAAACAAAAGUUAAACCGCAAGAGAUUAUGCAAGUCAGGAAAAAUAUUUAAUGUCAGAGAAAAGUUGACUUUCCUAACCGAAGAGCAGAAGAAUUCUGUGAAAGCUAUAAUAGGCAAAGGUGAUUGUAUUUUUGUUAAAAAGCAAAUAGAUGUGAAUAAAGAGCCAGUUGUUUUGGUUGAAGAUAUUCCAGAGAGUAUACAGAGCAUGUAUGGGACUAACACAAGUGAAUGUUUGUCCACUAUUACGAAUGCUAAAUUGGAUGAGAAGAGCACAUUUGAAUCUUCUGUUGGGAGCAAAAGUCCUAGGUCAAGUCAUGAUGGUGUUAAACUGACUUCAGUGCUUAUUCUGAAAUGUCAGCAGUGUGAAUAUACAUGUGCAACUGGGGCAGACCUGAAAGCACACUGCAACUCGCACAAAACUGAGACUGAACUUGCCACUGAGUCCAUCUUGGAGGCAAACAUUGAACCUCCUGUAGAAGAUUCCCUGCAGGAAAAACAGAGAUGUGAUGAUCAAGAUCUGUCUGACUUCAUUGACAAGUUGACUGAAUCUGCUGUGAGCAACUUGGAUGCUACAGAAAGUUCCAUUCCUGAUCAGUUGUGGAGAGGUCACACAUCAACAGAGUCUGAUGUGCAAGGAUCAUUAAACCAAGCUACUUGUUCAGAUGCUGAUAUAAAGAAAUGUGCGUUUGAGGUAAAUCAGAAUUUCUUUAAACCAAUUCACAACUCAGAGACUGAUGCAAAUAACUUAGGUGCUCUAAAUGAUGUUGAAACAUCAAAUUUAUCUGAUGAACACGUUUUUCUUACAGUUGCAGGUUCUGGUUUCACUAAUGUUUCAUCUGUAAGUUGUGAUUGUGUGCUGGAUUGUAACAGUGAAAACUUGUCAAGUUUCACUGAAGCAAAUGAAGAAACUAACGAAAAAAUUGCUGUUGUACCAUUUUCUAAUGACAGUGUUGUAAAUAAAGGAGGUGACUCAUAUGAAUCUCAUUGCUCUAUAUCAGUAUCUGAUUUUAAUGUUGCAAACACCUCCCAAACACUUGUUAAAGAUGAAUUUAGCUUCAAUGCUUGUCUGAUUCUUGCCAGAAAUGAAUGUCAACACACGGAACAUGUCAGUUAUAAAUCAGAUACAAAUAUUACAAUUGUAGAAGAUAAAGAACUAAAAGAUUUGUGUGAAGUUCCAGUUAAGGACAAUGAACUGUCCCAACAUGUUUUAAAAUGUGAAACUGAAAUAAGUGAUUUAGACACUGAAAAGAAUAAUGAAAAGGUGAAAGAAGUUGCCAUUAAAAGUUAUUUAUCGACGGAUUACAAGCUGGAAUCUUUCAAUAAUGUUCACUCCAUUGAAACAAAAACUGAAACUACCGAAAAUGACUCAGUGACUGAUGAUGAUGCGGAUGAUGACUUUGUUGAUGAAAUAAAAGCAGAAGAAGCAUUGAUCAAUAACCUUGGUGAAAUGAAUGCAAUCUGUUUAGAAAAUCAAGUAGAAACAAGCAUCGCUGGAAUGGACCUUAAACCGAAAGAAACAAGCACGAUUGACAUGGUUAAUCCUAAUGUGCAUGAAGGUUAUAAAACUGAGUUUCACGGGUCAGUUAAACCGGAUAAUGAUAACAGCGGGAAAUUUGCUCACAACAGGACAUAUCCAAGGAGAUCAAAUUCUUUGCCAGAAUGUUUAAAUGUGAGGUACUUACAAAGGAAUGUGAAGAAAUUUGUUGGUGCAAACUUUGCUGAUGAUUUUCAAAUACAAAGGAUGGACAACAGUAAUAAGGCAUUUUAUCUAGAUGUGAUUUGUGAAACUGAAGUGUCAACUUUAGCUAAUAAGGGUGGAGAUCUCAGUACUGUAAGUACUGAAGGAACUGCUCAGAAGUCCAGUGGUGUAGAACCAAAUGUAGUUAAAGAAUCUACAUCCAUUAGUCUAGAUCAUGAUUAUUUUUCCAAAUCACCUUCAUCUGAAGCUAGAGAAACUGACAAGACAGAACCAGUGCCUAUAAAAACUCAGAGCACAAAUUCAAUUGCCACCUGUUCUAAGAACCAUGAUAGUAAAGCAGUUAUGGUGUCACUUUUGCAAAAGCCCAAAGCUGAAAACAGUAAACCUGAUGGAACAGAAAAUAAUGAUGCUAAAGAUCAUGUACAUUUGGCAAAAGAAGAAAAACAUCCAACACACAAUCAAGUAUCAAAAUCUACAGAUAUCACAACAUUUGAUGUUGAAGACAUUAAAGGACAAGUGCUUGGUCCAUAUGAGAAAGACCCCAAGGUUCUGUCCUGCAAUGCUUGCCAGUUCACGACAGACAACAGGAACAAGUACCACAACCACAUGUUGAAGCACACAGGAGUCAUCUACCGGUGUGAUUACACAGGCUGCAGUUUCAAGUCGAUUUACAAGCGGAACUAUGAUCACCAUGUUCGUGUAAAACACACUGAGAAGACACUGUACCUGUGUGAAUACUGUUCACAUCGCACCCUUGAUAAAAAUUCCUUGAAUCGCCAUAUCAACAAUGUGCACCUCAAGGAGCACAGGUACAAGUGCACUGACUGUACUUUUACUGCAUAUUGCCGAACAGAUGUUGUGAAGCACUACAAGAACAGUCACGUGCAGCUGAAGCAGUUUGCCUGCAACCAGUGCGACUUCAAGACUUGUUAUGCCCACGUUUUGAAGUACCACCUGAUGGGCCACGCUGGCAUCAAGCCCUACAAGUGCAGCAAAUGUGAGUACCAGGUCACCAAUCCAAACUGCGUGCGCCGUCACAUUGAGAGCAUACACCGAGACUCGGAAGGGGCCUCAUGCGAAGUGCUGGAUCUGUCAUUCGAAAUCGACUCGAAGCAGUUUAACUGUGGGGCGGAUAUUAGCGAUAGAGACAUACAGGUUGUGGAACUCUCUAACGAGGAAAGGGAGAGCAUUAGGAAGAUACAGAUUGAGAAUGAGAAGAACGGGAACCUGACCCGUCCCGUGGGAAGGAAACCAGCUAAGUUCCUGGGGAUCAAUUGUAACUAUGACGACACCAGUAAUCAGACAGUAUAUAUUUCAGUGUAGGGAGUUGAAGAAUGGGGUGUCGUUGGAUUAAAUUGAACCCCCCUCUGGGAAAAUGGGCCUUAAUGCUUGUGCGUAAAGUGUUGUGCCAAAUAACUGGAUGACGUUUUCCGUCUGGACUGGAUUUUCAUAUGGAAGAGAGUUCCUUUCAACAAAAUUAUGCAUUAAAGCAGGAAGUGUUGUCCUUGAAGUGAAGCCUAUACAGUCUGCAGUUUCAAGUCAAUCUGGGAUAUGACACUUUACACCAAUGCUUUAAGGCCCGUUUUGCCUGAGUGAAGCUAAAAGGCUGUUUUUUUUAAACUUGGGCCUGUUUAGCUCAGUUCAUAUCGGGCUGCUUUGUCAGUCCUGGCCUUAUGGAUUGGAAAUUCCAACUCUGUCAUAAAAAUUGUGUGUGUAUUGGAAAUUAUUUCUAAGGUCAUUUUGCCCUUUAUGUGCACUUUGAACUUGUUAAUCGCUUAGAUCCGCGUACUGGCCUAGGAAAUGUAUGGUUAUACUACAAGUAGUUGACUGCCUUGAUAAGACUGAAAUGUUGUUUAAAUUAGUGAAAAUUCCAAACAAACAAUAGCGAGAAGUACAUUUUGCCUAAUUUGGUAAUUCAAAAUACAAAUGUUUUGAGUGCUUUAGACAAAAAGUCAUAUUUGACCCGUUACUUUGUGAUUAAUAUUUGCUACUGAGUGCUGGUCUUAAUAACCAAGGUAUUCUUUCUGUAUAAUUGUCUGAACAGUUAAGGUCUGGAUGUGCAGAAUUUUAUCAAUGAUGCAAAAUUAUGUCGUUCUUGAACUAUUUCCUUUACCUAUAGUAUAUUAACUGUGCAAUUCUAAACAGUAGAUAUGAAGAUUAUUGUUCAUAACAUAACUUUGACAGUAAAGUUUUUGAGGAUUCAUUACAUGAUGGCCUAUUAUGGUAUUUGUCUUUGAUAAGAAAAGAGAUGCAUAUGUGAAACUGAGGGCAGACAUGUCAUUCAGUUGAUUUAAGGUCUCACAUUUGUGCUUAGUAAUGUAUUUUUUUAUUCAUGACUAUUACAUAUAAUGUGCUCAUGAACAUUUACAAUUGUGAUUAUUGAAUGGGGGAAAUGCAGUCAUUCUUGUAAACAAUACAGUGUGUAUACAUUUGUAAAUCAAUUUGUCUUGACAAUACCCACAAACAAUGACAUAGCACCCAAAUAUCAAAUCAAUAAUUUGAUACUUAUCACUCCAAUGUUAUUUUAUUUGUUUCUGACUUAAAUCAUGUUUGCUUCACGGUCUGAACUUGGUCAUGUUAGGGGAGAAAAUUGUGCGGCCAGUCCGGGACUCGAACCCGUGACACCUCGCUAACAGGGCAAGUGCUCUCCCAACUGAGCUAACCCGGCAGCCACACAACUUAUCCCCUAACGUGACCAAGUUGAGACUGUGACAUUUGUAAUAAAAACAUAGAUUAGAACAAUCAUAUAGGUUGCAUAUUUGUCUAGGAAUUAGUUUCUAUGAGAAUGAACAAGCAGUUGCAAUACAUUUCAGGUAUUUAAUACCAUUCAAGUAUCAUAAAUGUGGUUGUACCACUUUUCACAGUGAGUCCAUUUUCAAAUAUCAUAAUAAUUCAAUGUUUUGGUUCAGUUCCUUAUCUGUGUUGCAUUAUUAGCUCAAUUGAGCUAGACUUAUUCAUGGUGAGCUUUUGUGAUCGCUCCUUUUUUAGUUGUCACUGUGUGCAUUGUCAGCAUUUCCUGUUGAACUCUCUCUAGUCUUACAUUUAUUUCUUAAUGCUUACCAAACUUUGUAAGGACAUUUUUCUCAAUGAUAUCUGGGCCAAGUUCAAAAUUGGAUCACUAGGGUAAAAAAAAAGGAAAAGCGUGCGAGACCAGAUUUAUUUUCUGAUCUGCAUGAAAUUUGGUCAGAAUAAUUUUCCUGAUGAUAUCUCGACUGACAUCAAAUUGGAUAACGCGAGGUCAAAACCAAGGUCGAUAGGUCAAAUUUCUGAAAAAGUUUGUUAACAUUUAUAUAGCCACAUUUAUUGUGCAAUCUUUAGAAAAGUGCUCAGCACAUUUGUCUAAUUGAUAUAUUGACAGAGUUUUUGAAACAGGGUCACAUGGGGUCAAAACUAAGUCUCAAGGUCAUUAUAAGUGAAAGCUAAGAAAUCUAGAGGCAAAAUUUAAUGCCCAAUCUUCAUGACACUUGGUCAGAACAUUUGUCUCAGCAAUGCCUAGGCCAAGUUUGAAACUGGGUAACAUUUAGUCAAAACCUUGGUCACUUGGUCAUAUAAAAAAAGCAGCUUGUUAACACUCAAGAGAUAGACAACAUCUAUUGCUCAAUCUUCAUGAACAUUGGUCACAACAUUUGUCUCAAUUAAAUCUCAGCUGAGUUUAAAAAUUGAUAAUGUGUGGUCAGAAACAAGGUCACUAGGUUAAAUCCAAUCGAAAGCUUGUGAACACUUUAGAGUCCAACUUUAUUGUCCAAUCUUCAUGAAACUUGGCUAGAACAUGUGUCCCGAUGAAGAUCUUAAACUAGGUAAUGUCACUUCAAAUUAACUAAAAAUCUUGUGAAUACUCCAGAGUCCUCAUUAUUGCACAAUCUUCAUGAAAUUUAGCCUGAAUAUUGGCUCUUAUGGUAUAUUAGAGAAAAGGCAUGUGAACACUUUGGGAGCCACAUUUAUGGCCCAAUCCUUGUGGAACUUGGUGAGAACUUUCGUUCCAAUAAUCUUAAUACAAAACUGAGUAAUGUGGGAUUAAAAACUAGGUCAAUAGAUCAAUUGAAAGUAUGUGAACACUCUAGAAGUCAUAUUUAUUUGUACAAUCUUCAUGAAUCUUGCUCAGAUUAUUUGUUUAAAUUGUUCCUGUCUAUAGAAAAACAGGGCCACCAUGAGAGGGCAGGGCAAAAAAAACCUUCGCAAGGGGCCUUUUUUUCUUCCCCUUAACCAAAAAGGCCCUUUCCCCUGCAGACAUUUCUUUAAAAUCAUGCAUUUUUCUUUAAAUUUCAAAUCAACCUCAGUAUUUUUCAUUCCCCAAAGCCAGAAAAUUGUGUCUCCCCCCCCCCCCAAAAAAAAAAUUCCCAAAAGUUAGUGUUUUGGCCCUGGGGGGAACAGUUUCCAAAUGUGAAUGUAGUAAAACCAUUUGAACACUUUUUGACCUGCUUAUCGUAAAACUUGCUCAGAACAUUAAGAAAUAUUUAUAUCUGCAUGGCCUCAAUUUGAAAAAUAAAAUGAUAAUGCUUUUUAUGCCCCCAUUUCGAAGAAAAGGGGGUAUAUAGUUUUUGCACUGUCUGUCGGUCGGUCGGUCGGUCAGUCGGUCGGUCGGUCAUGCCGGGUCAAAAACUAGGUCACGGGGUCACUUAGUGCAUUUCAAGGAUUUAGCAUGGUGUCCGCUCUCUAAUUGAAGUAGUUUUCAUCUGAUCUUUACUAAACUUGGUCAGAAGUUGUAUCAAGACAUUAUCUAGGUCAAGUUCGAAUAUGGGUCAUGCCGGGUCAAAAACUAGGUCACUGGGUCACUUAGUGCAUUUCAAGGAUUUAGCAUGGUGUCCGCUCUCUAAUUAAAGUAGUUUUCAUCUGAUCUUAACUACACUUGGUAAGAAGUUGUAUUAAGACAAUAUCUAGGUCAAGUUUGAAUAUGGGUCAUGCCGGGUCAAAAACUAGGUCACGGGGUCACUUAGUGCAUUUCAAGGAUUAAGCAAGUUGUUUGCUCUCUAGUUUAUGUGGCUUUCUGAUUUAUUUUGAUAUUCUAAGACAUUUUUAUGCCCCCGAAGGAGGGCAUAUAGUGAUCGGACUGUCCGUUCGUCUGUCAGUCCGUCCGUCUGUCCGUCAGCCUUUGCGUUAAGAUUUUGAAAAAUGCUCAUAACUUCUAUGUCGCUUCAGAUAGCAAUUUCAUAUUUGGCAUGCUUGUGUAUAUGGACAAGGCCUUUCCAUACGCACACAAAUUUUGACCCCUGUGACCUUGACCUUGAACUUAGGGUCCGCGUUUAGGUUCGAUAUCUGCGUUUAGGAUUUGAAAAAAGCUAAUAACUUCUACCAAGCGUUUACACAGUUAUACUUUUAUGUAGUGACAAAGUUACAGUUGGGGGCAUCCGUGUCCUGUGGACACAUUUCUUGUUUUUUAAACAUUGCAGCCAAGUGAUAGUGCAGUUUUCCUUAUUAGUCUGUUUUUAAAAUAACAAGCUAAGAAUAGUUAAGUUCCUUUGGGUCACAGGUGAGCGCCUUAGGACCUUUAUUAAUCUUUUUGUAACAUCCAUGAACAUUCGAUUAAGUUUUUAAUUCUUUUUAGUUGGCUUGCACAGUCUAUUUAUGUUUGUGUUAAUACAGUUAAGACAAACUACUGAAAAUUGUGACGUAAUGAUCAUGUUAUGAUGCUUAAUUGGUCAGUUAGAAGAACUGAGUGGCUGGAAAUAAAUGUAUGCAUUAAACUUGUAUAUACUGUUUGCCAUAUAUAUUUAUCUCAGGUUUAUAUAACAUGUAUUGCAGUGGAUACAGUUACUAUAGCAACCAUAUUAUAACGGUUUUUUUUCACAUCAACUUUGUUAACAAUAUGUUGUUGUUUUUUUAGUGCAAGAGACGACCUUAUCUUUGUUGACUGUUUAUACAGUUUUGAGUUUGUAACUUGUCGUGGUACUGCACAUUAACAAUGUCGUUUAUAAGCGCAAUACUGGUUAUAUUAUAGUUAUUAUGUUAAAUAUAAACAGUUGCUGCAGCAACAUCCACAUUUAUUGAUAUAUUCAUGAGAGUAUUAUGACUGCGCUUGAAAACUGUCAAUUGAUAAAUGCUAAGUAUCGACAACUCAAUUGAUAUGUAUUUGUCUCAUCAAAAAAAUGUUACCAUGGAAACGGAGGUUUUAGAAUUACUAUGCUCACAAUUCACAUUUGAUAUUUGUAUUGACAAUAAUAUGUAUUGUUCUUAAUAUUGCUAGUUAACAUACUUAAAUAAUGGAUACAUGUGUCAUUAUUAUCUUAUUAUGUAAAAAUGGGUAUGUGUGAAUGUGUUGCCAUGGUUACCAUACCAUAUAUGUUGUUACGGUUUUAAUACAUGUUUUUCGGAACUACACACAUUAAAUAAAUAUUUCAGGUAAUUUUUGUUAAUAAAUUCCAUAGGGCCAUUUUCGACCCUAAGUGAACCUAGUCCUUUCAUUUCUUUCUGUUGAGCAAAUGCGUACAAUAUAAACUUUCAUUAAGCUUUGUUUAUUUGCAUUCCACGUAUUUUAUAAUUGUAAUUAUAUUUUUUUUUUUAAAUUGUUUAAAUAUGCAAGGGCUGUCCUCAUUGCUAUUGAAAACUGAUGUACUCUGAUACAUAAUUAUAUAGUUUAAACAUAUAAAAGCACAUUAUUUCUGCUGAAGUAACACUUAAAAUUUCAUGUAAAUGUACCUUAAAUAUUAGUUUAUUUACAGAUUUGUAUUUUUCUCUGGAGCUUUAUGGUAAAUGUUAGUUUGGUGUGCUGUUCUACUUAAAUGUUGUAGCUUAUCAGUAUUUUGUAUUGUUUAUGACGUGUUAUAUUUUGUUGUUUUUUAAAAUGUAAUUAAGAAAUAUCUGGGCUGAAAUGCAGUGGUUAUCAAAGUUGUUAUGUAAGCCACAGAUUGGGUUCCAUUAAAACAGUCUACCUCUGACAAGAAUCAUGACUGUGUGAUUUGUGUUAUCUUGGCUUUGUUGAAAACAAAGAUUUGUUGAGUAUAGAUCUGAAAUUGUUAUAAAUAUUGUAUGUUAUUUAUUUAUUAAAUGUUAAAAACCA